UCCAUAAAGUGUCUUUCCAGUAUUUUCCGAAAACCGAUGAAAAAUUCGGAUAAAACUGCGUCCCUCAGUCACAUACAGUCACACCAUGUCAAGAAAAUAGCGACCUCUUCAGGGACUUGAAAUGCGCGACUGUAGUGAAGUCAAAAUCUAACCACUGAGUGCAAAAUAAAGUUCUUCAGGUAUGGCGCUAACAAAUGUUGUCGAAACACCUGCAUCGGGAUUUAAUUUUGAGAACGUCUCCAGAAAUGUUGCUCUGGAGGGUCUGCUUGAGGGAGGACACACCAAGGCACCUAAGCCUAUGAAGACAGGGACCACCAUAGCUGGAGUAGUGUGCAAGGAUGGAGUGGUUCUGGGAGCAGACACGCGGGCCACCUCAGGUGAAGUCGUGGCUGAUAAGAUGUGUGCCAAGAUCCACUACAUCUCCCCCAAUAUGUACUGCUGUGGUGCAGGAACUGCAGCGGAUACCGAGAAGACCACCGACAUGCUCUCCUCCAACCUUACCAUCUUUUCUAUGACCAGCGGCAGGAACCCACGUGUCGUGAUGGCAGUAAACAUAUUACAGGACAUGCUAUUCAGGUACCGGGGCCAGAUAGGGGCCAGUCUAAUCCUAGGAGGGGUGGACUGUACUGGCAAUCACCUCUACACAGUGGGGCCCUAUGGGAGCAUAGACAAUGUGCCAUACCUUGCAAUGGGGUCUGGUGACUUGGCCGCUCUGGGGAUUCUGGAGGAUAGAUUCAAACCUAAUAUGGAGUUGGAGGAGGCUAAGGAGUUGGUCCGGGAUGCCAUCCACUCUGGCAUCAUGAGUGACCUGGGCUCAGGCAACAACAUAGAUAUCUGUGUCAUCACGAAACAGGGGGUGGACUACAUCAGGCCGUACCAGGAGUCAGAGUAUAAAGACAAGAGGCAGAGAAGAUACAAGUAUCGCCCAGGUACAACAUCUAUUUUGACAGAGAAAAUAGUCCCUCUGGAGCUGGAGGUAGUGCAGGAGACAGUCCAGCGGAUGGAUACCGCCUGAACCUGAGCACUCAGAAACGACAAAGAUACAGUCACAGAGGCUUAUCACAAUAUUCAGACAUAAAAUCAGUGAAUACAAUACACCUAAUAAUGACAAGAUGUGACUACUAGGUGACACUACAAUGCAAAGCCAUAAAAAAAACAUUGUCACAUAAAGAUCUUAGUUCAAUGAACUGUAGUCAGCAAUACAUUUUGAACAGGUAUAGUAGGCCUAGGCCAUAGCUGUGUCUAUAUGCACUGGGUGAAAUAUUGGAAAGUGAUUGAUUGAAUAAAAGGUCUUUAUUAUUUUUCAUGAA